AUGUCACUUCUGAGCGUUUUCAAGAAGGAGCGUGAUUCACUGAUUCCUCGAAGGAAGAGUCAUGGUGCGGCAACAGGUAGCAGUAGUGGAUUGCUUAACAAUAACGUGGUACGACAACUGAUCAUCGAGUUGAAGGAGCCUCAUAGGAUAUGGAAACCUGACGAAUAUGUGGUUGGGGAAGCUAUUUUGGUUUUGAAGAAGGAUACUACGAAUUUAGCCCUGAGAUUGAGAAUGGUGAGUGAAAUUAGGGUGAAAACUAGCGGUAGUACCACAGUGAAGAAGAGCAGAGGCGAGAGGUUGUUUGAAAGAUCUACUCUCUUGUAUGGCGAAGAUUAUUCGGAAGACCAGGAUAAGGAUAAGGGUAAGAUUACGAAUGGUCUAACGAAAGGUGAACAUAGGUUCCCAUUUAGGAUGAAAGUUCGCUCUGGUAGAAAAGUUUUCAGUUCACUAGAGUUCGAAAGAGGUUCUAUUCGCCAUUAUUUACAGUGUCAGGUUGAAAAUAUGGGCCCCAAGCAGGAAGAAAAACCUGUUUCAUGUUGUGAGCAGGCUUUCUUUGUUAUAGUACCGGUAGAUGUAGCUACGCUGCCGAAACAGAAAACAAGAAGAGUCGUCUUACAGUCUGCUUCGACUGUACGGCAAGUCCCCAAGGGUCUCGGGGACGGAUCAUCAUCUUUUCUCACUAGAACUACGAAUAAAUCGUCUAACUCAAACUCUUCAAGUGGUUCCAAUUCUGAGCUCAACGCAGUAGACAAGACCGUCACCAUCUCGGUCAAUAUAUCACAUUCAGGUUACUCAAUCGGGGAGAUAAUACCGAUAAAUGUGUCUGUUCAGCAUUAUAAGAGUUUUUGUCAUCCAGCUGGUCUGAUUGUUACUCUGAGUCGAAUAUGUAGGGUUGGCAGUGGUGGUAAGGACGAGCCCAUGGAGACUUUUAGAAAAGAUAUUUGUCAAAGUGUUUCACCACUUUAUGUCGAUCCAACAACUUUCCAUAGCAACUCUACGGUGUAUUUGAAGGUACCAAUCGACGCUUUUUCCACAUUCACUAGUCUAUCCAAAUACUUUACUUUCCAAUACUACGUUGAGGUUGUGGUCAACCUUUCUCAAAAAAAUAUAGUCUUCACAGAGUCGAAUAGGGCAAUUGGAGUCCCAAGUGAUACCGCUCUCAGCUCGAGUGAACCGGGCAAGACCAAUAUCGAGGGAAAUAUAAAUCAAAUACAAAGGAAAUUUUUAAACAUGGUAGGCAACGAUGCUUCAGUAGCCGAUGACAACGACAUAGAGUCGAAUAUUUUUUACAGGGAUAUGGUCAACGUACAGAAGCUCAAGAGGCAGAAUAACGUCACAGGAAUGUCAGUCGAGACGAUUAUCGGCACCACAAGGUCACAAAGCAAAUGUCAAACGAUUGAAGUCGAACAAACUGCACAAGUCAUUAACGAACUACCAGAGUCACCACUGACUCCAAUUACACCUUCUGCAAAAAGUGUUAUCAAUGACUGGCUCAUGCCCGCUUAUGCGGAUGUAAACUAUCCACCGGUGCCCCAGUACACUCCCAACAGUGAAGUUCACAUUAUAGAGGACAAGAAAGAGCUGGAACAUUCGAGACUGAAGCAACUGGAGAGUGACCCACCUACCGAUUAUUGA